CACUAAAAGAAGCUGUUAUUUGGCCUGUUAAAUUGAAAAAGUUUUUCAGAGGUAAACGUAAACCAUGGACUGGUAUUUUACUUUAUGGACCACCUGGUACGGGUAAAUCCUAUUUGGCUAAAGCUAUUGCAACGGAAUGUAAAAGUACAUUUAUAUCUGUAACCUCAUCGGAUCUUCUUUCGAAAUGGGUCGGUGAAAGUGAAAAAAAUGUGAAAUGUUUAUUUGAACUGGCUCGUGAAAGACAACCAUGUGUUGUAUUCAUUGAUGAAAUUGAUGCACUCUGUAGUCAACGUAAUGAUACAGAAUCGGAAUCUUCAAGACGUGUGAAAACUGAAUUUCUCGUUCAAACAGAAGGGGUUGGAGCAGACAAUUCAGGUGUUCUUCUUCUUGCGGCAACUAACAUUCCUUGGGCAUUGGAUAUAGCUAUGCGACGACGCUUCGAAAAGCGUAUCUAUAUUCCACUACCUGGUGUGAAAGAGCGUGCGGUCAUGUUCAAAGCUCACUUAGGUACAGACAUACCAUAUGAAAUUCAAGAUCACGAAUGGAUGGAAUUAGGUCAAAAAGCUAAUCAUUAUUCUGGUGCUGAUAUUGCUGUCGUUUGUCGAGAAGCUUUACUCAGGCCUCUUCGACGACUUUGUUCAUCAACUCAUUUCAAACGAGUGAAAAAUCCCAAUUCUGAUGGUUCUUCUGAACUGUGGCUUCUUUGUUCACCUGACGAUCCUGAUGCAAAAGAAAUUUCAUUUGAUGAACUUGAUUGUGAUGACUUAUUUGAGCCUCCGGUGACCAUGGUUGAUAUGUUAGCUGCCUUGGCCAGACAAAAACCGACAGUCGGCGAGAACAAUUUAAUUGCGUACGAAAAGUUCACUGAAGUAUCCGGUCAGGAAGGUUACUAA